UGGUUUCUUGUUUCGCAGUCCCAGGGAGGCAGGGCAGUGCUGUUUCUCACUUGCUUUUUGAACUCCUGCCUCUGCCAUCGCGACAGGUGUGAAGGAGGGACCGCCGCCCCCUCCCCGGCCUCGGCACGCCCGUCUGAAGAGAAACAGUUGAAACAGAAUCCUAAACAUGCGUCAUAGAGAAAUAGCCUUGACACUUUUGGUCCUUAUGUUUAUAAGCACCUCAGAAACUUGUACUUCACGUCCUCGAAUUACUGCAGUUGAAGGGGAACCUUUCUAUCUGAAAUACUGCUUCUCUUCAUCUGAGCCUAAGAAUGAAACAGCCACCAUAAAAUGGUACAAAAGCAGUGGGUCACAUGGACCCAAGGAGCUAAGCUCAAGCAGUUCACCCAGAAUUACUCUGCGGGGUUAUGUUUUGGAGUUUUGGCCAGUUGAGUCGGAUGACAGUGGGUCUUACUCUUUCCAAAUGGGGAAUGCUUCUUAUGAAUGGAAAUUAAGUGUCAUCAGAAGAAGUAAACACAGCUGUUUUACCGAAAAACAAGUAAUUAGUAAAACUGUGGAAGUUAAAAAAUCUUUGCAGGUAGCCUGUGAACAUAGUUACUAUCAAAAACUGGCCCACAGGACAUCAUUGUAUAAGAACUGUGAACAGAUAGAGAACAAUAAAAAUCCAUUUUUACAGAAGAAUGCGGAGUUUAAAGAUCGGGGAUAUUACACCUGCGUGUUUUUCCUUCAUCAUAAUGGAAAACUGUUUAACGUCACCAAAACCUUCAAUAUAACUAUAGUUGGAGAUCGCAGUAACGUGAUUCCAGUUCUUCUUGGACCAAAGCUUAACCAUGUGAAAGUGGAAUUAGGAAAAGAUGUGCGGCUCAACUGUUCUGCUUUGCUGAAUGAAAAAGAUGUGGUUUAUUGGAACUUCUGGAAAGAAAAUGAAACAGAUCCUAAUGUUCAUGAAGAGGAAGAAACGAGAAUUAGGACUUCAGAAGGCAAAUCUUAUGCUUCAAGAAUAUUGAGAAUUGAGAAUAUUAAUGAAAAAAAUCUAAAUUUUUCAUAUAAUUGCACUGUGGCCAGCGAGGGAGGCAUAGACACCAGAACCUUCAUCUUGUUGAAAAAAGAAGAUAUGGUUGAUAUCCCAGGCCACGUCUUCACUAGAGGAAUGAUCAUAGCUGUUUUGAUCUCGGUGAUAGUGGUGUGCGUAGCGAUUGUGGGUGUCAUUUACAGAGUUGACUUGGCUCUAUUUUAUAGACAUUUCAUGGGAAGAGAUGAAACAUUAACAGAUGGAAAGACAUAUGAUGCUUUUGUGUCUUACCUGAAAGGAUGUCAGCCAGAGAACAGAGAGGAGCACACCUUUGCUGUGGAGACUUUGCCCAGGGUGUUGGAGAAACAUUUUGGGUAUAAGUUAUGCAUAUUUGAAAGGGAUGUAGUGCCUGGAGGAGCUGUUGUUGAUGAAAUCCAUUCAUUGAUCGAGAAAAGCCGAAGACUAAUCAUUGUCCUGAGUAAAAGUUAUAUGUCAAAUGAGGUCAGGUAUGAACUCGAAAGUGGCCUCCACAAAGCGCUGGUGGAAAGGAAAAUUAAAAUAAUCUUAAUUGAGUUGACACCUGUGAGUGACUUCACGCUCUUGCCCCAGUCUCUAAGCCUGUUGAAAUCCCACAGAGUUCUGAGGUGGAAGCCUGAGGAAUCUCUGUCUUAUAACUCAAGGUUCUGGAAAAAUCUUCUGUAUCUGAUGCCUGCAAAAACAGUCAAGCCAUGCGGAGACGAGUUAGAAGUCUUGCCUGCUCUUUCACAGUCCUGAUGUUCAGAAAAGCGGAGCAUGAGAAAGAACUCUCGACGCUGGGGGCUGAGUGUCUGAGUUCGUCUGUCACAAAGAGGGUCAUUCACACAUGUAACUCUACUCUGUGAAAACCCUGCUCACAGUCUGAAGAUGGACCUUCUUGUCAGGUUGCCAGGGAUAAGAUUGAACAUUGAGCUGUGGUCGUGUGCUCCCAAAAGACCCUGGAAUUUGAAAGAAAUGGAUCUUCUGUUUCGCCUUCUUCCAUAAGUGGAUGCAGGUGCCCAUACUCAAUACUCUUAUUCAGUAACUGUGAGGCUGGGCACAAUGCAAAGUGACUUAUGCCUUAUAAUAGGGGCACAUCUUUAACAGAUUUUAAUGCUAAUGAUUGAACUAAAGGACUUUAAGUUCAUGAAGUGUCAUUUUCUAUGAGCCAGUAUGUGACAUAGUAACUGAAACGGUGCCUUCACUUUGCCGCAAUAGCUACCUACCUCUACACACCGCCGACCCUGCCUGGAUGCGGGAGAGAGCUGGCAGGGCUGCGUGCAGAGCAGUGGAGUGAGGUGCGAGCCUGCUGUGACAGGGCAUCGGCCGCAUGAUCUGUUUACUGUAUCUCAGCCACAGGUGUAGCCCUACGGUUCUUGGAAACCCACUAGGGCACUGCUCAGGGCUUGCUUAAUUGGGCCUAUUUGUGGGAAGUACUUAAAAGGAACCCAAAGCCACUCUUUAUCUUUCAUGAGAAACACAUAUUUUAAUUCAAACGAUUCUCUUAGUCUUUCAAAAAUUGUCUAAAACAUUUGUUGAUUUUACAUAAAUGUUUGUAUGCAGGAUGGGUGCCAGAUUGUAUUAGCCAUUAAACAGAAAAAAUAAUAAUUACUCGCUUGAUUUUUUAAAAGAUUACAUGUUUUAAAUGUCUUUAGGGUGGAGCAGCAUGGCCUGGUGGUGAGGAGGAGGCGCUGUGCAGCCAGGCUGCUGGAGCUCCCGUCCUGGGUUGGUACUUACUCCGGUGACUUCUGGGACCUUUUCUAACCCAUCUGUGCAUCAGUCCUCAUCUGUAAAAUUAGAAUUUAUGAUAAUUGUACCUACUUCACAGGAGGACGAAAGGAAUAAAUUUAAAUAAGUACUUACAACAUUUGUUGGCACAGGCAACACUCUGUAAGUGUUGCUAUUGCUAUUGUGUUAUUGUUAAUUAUUGCUUAGAUCAGUUAUUUAGCAGUGGACUAAAAUGGAAGCCAGGAAGCAGAAAGGGAAAGACAUCUGGAGAGGAAGGCAGUUUUGACUUGUGGACAUUUGUAUAUAGAGGAGCAAAUAGGAGAAGCAUGUCAGUAGGGGGAAAGAUAUUUCUUCAUUGGACAUGUGCAACUUUUGAUGUUGGAAGAUGGAUAUCUGUCUCCCUAAGGUGACUCCAGCCCUGUGGGCCUUCUUGAUGGCUUCAGCAGUGAUGGCCGUCCAUGAAAACCCUUGAGUGAGUGAUGAACAUCAGCCUUAAAGAGAAAGGAAAGAGUUGGGUGGGUUUGGAAGGCUGGUUGGAGUAUAUAGGUGCAGUUUGAAUGUCCCAGAAAAGUUUAAAGCAGACACUGUUUAAAACAGCUGUAGUGGGCAUUGCUGAAUGAAAGAAGUAUGAGAUUUUCAUUAGAUUUUCAGUGUAAGAAAGUGAUUUAGCUUUUGUAGAGCUUACAAUUUUGUGUCCUAGUUGGAUGGCCCAAACAAAGCAAAAGAAUUUAGUUACUAACUUAUGCUUUAUAUGUGAAAAUAUAGGGUUAGGAGAAAUUUUAUUGCUAUCAUCAUAGUCUCUAAUACAUAGAGUGAUUUUGCUUUUGUC